AUGUCAGAGGAAGACUAUUCAUCAUUGCCUCUAGAUGAGCGGCUAGUCCACAAUGUGUGGAAAGUGCGGUUGUCAGCUUACGAGGAGCUCGCUAAAUUGUUUGAAAACUCGAGAAACGACCAAGACGACUGUUUUCAAACAUUGAAUCAAAGACCAGAGUUAGUGAAGAAAUUUAGCACUGAUUCCAACGUGGUGGCUCAGGAGACCGCCUUGAAAACAGUUUCGGCCUACUUGAAAUAUGGAGGGAGUCCCACUGUUGUGGGUAGGCUUAAAGGUGCAGGGGUAAUUACUUCUAUUUGUGAGAAGGGGUUGUCUUCGUCGCGUGCAAAGACUAAAGAGUAUGCAACUGAGAUUCUCUUGCAAAUGGUGGAAAUUUCUCCCCAACCAGAUACGAUAAUUGAGGAUAUUAUUCCUUCCUUAUCUAAUCGUUUGCCCAAACUUGUUGCCGGAUGUGUUUCUGCCUUGCAUGCUAUCGUGGAGAACUUUGGCUGCGCAGUAAUUCUGCCAAAGGGAAUCAUACCAAGUUUGGGGAAGCUCUUUGGUCAUGCCGAUAGAAACGUGAGAGCUGAGACCACCAAAUUGACUGUUGAGUUGUAUAAAUGGAUGGGAGACUCGCUUGAAUCGGUUUUAUUUCCAAACUUGAAGCCAGUUCAACAGAAGGACUUGACCAAGGCAUUCGAUGCGGUCAAAGGAACAAGCGUGGAGCAGCAAAGAUUAACCAGAAGCCAGCAAUUGGAAUUGGAGAAAUUAGAGUCUAAUAAUGGAGCAAACCAAAAUGAAGAUGUUGACAUGGACGACGCGGGUGAUGUCCAAUCAAGCGCACCAACCUUUGACCCAGCCGACUUGGUUGACCCUGUCGAAGUAUUGAAUAAACUUCCCUCAGACCUUGAUGCAAGAAUUGGUUCAGCAAAGUGGAAGGAUAGAAAAGAAGCUUUAGAUGAUGUCUAUGCCAUUCUUGAAAAAACAAUCAAAUUGGCUAAUGAUGAUUAUACUCCCUUAAUAAGAAUAUUCUCGAAGUGUAUGAAAGAUGCAAACAUUCAGGUAGUACAAUUAGCUGCUAAUUGUACAGAAUUUAUAGUACGAGGACUUGGGAAAUCAUUCAACAAAUAUCAAACAUUAAUUUUAGCCCCCAUGAUAGAGAGAACAAAGGAAAAAAAGGCAUCUGUGGCAACUGCUUUGGAAACAUGCCUUGACGCUAUCUUCAAAACAUCUAGCUUGGGUGACGUGUUGGAGGACAUCUUAGCAGGAAUGAAGCAUAAGACUCCUCAAGUCAAGAUUGCGAGCACAAAUUACUUACAAAGGUGUUUAGCAUCAACUACUGUUGCACCAUCUCGCUCUGAAAUUGAUAGUAUUAUGGAAAUUGGAGUGAAAUUGUUGAGUGAAUCCCAAGAACCAAUUAGACAGGCAUCCACAGAAAUGAUUGGUACAUUGAUGAAAAUCACCGGUGAGAGAGAAUUGAAUGUAUUUCUUGAGAAAAUUGAUGAUAACAGAAAGGCCAAAGUCAAUGCAUUCUUUGAAACAGUCCAAGUCAAUUCGAAGCUUGGGUCGGGGUCCAAAGCGGGUCAAUCUACAUCGUCCAAUAGCAAUAUUUCUGAUAAAAGAUCUGGCACAGUUCCACAACGAAAGACUAAGGUCCAAACAUCAGCCCCAUCAAUUCCUGCCAAGAGAGGCGCUUCUUCUCCAGUAAAAAGGAUUGAUGAAGCACCAAAGGUUUCCGCUUUUGGUCGAGGCUUGACAGGAAGAUCUUUGGCAUCAUCAAAUACUCCAGCAUUGCAACUCCCUAAUCACAACUCCUCGAAGCAGAGACAAGAGCCAGCUCUUACAUCCGCGGAAAGAGACGAAUUGCAUGCCUUGCGAGAGGAAAAGAAUCAAUGGUUGGCCCAACAAAAGCGUGAUAACCAGAUACAAGUCCAAUUGAAAGAAGAAAUUAUUGCAUUGACGCAAGAAGUUUCUCACAUACGGUCCCAAUCAGAUUUGGCCCAAAAAGAUCUCACUAAUGCAUUACUUAUGGCUAAACAGAAGGAAACACAGAUACAUCGUUUGAACAGUGAUCUUGAAAGUGCAAGACUCAAGAGUAGGGAUCUUGAGCAGACUAUAGAAUUAAUGAAACUCAAGCAAAACCAAGCUCAAGUACCUCAAUCAUUCAAUCACAAUGGGCUCUAUAAUAACAGUAAUGGGUCACCCUUUGAGUCUAAAGUCAGUAACGAGUUCAGAUCACCGGAACCAAGACCCAGGGUGACAUCAGGCGAGCUCAGUUCCAGAGUUAAAAGAUUAUCUAUCGACAGUGAUACUUUUAAAGAGAACUCAUUCCUUUCUAAGUCUAGCAACAGCUACAAUAGAUUUAGCCCUCAAAAGUCGCCCGAACUCACGCCCGCGAGGGAAACUUUAGAAGUUGAUUCGAACGACGAUAGCUGGAAACGUGCUGCUGAAGUCACAUCCCAGUUGAAAGCACGUAUCGAGAAGAUGAAAGCUAGAUCUAGAAAUAGCACCCUCAACUUUAUGCGCUCUUACGUAAUCACUACCUUGGCAUGUAUCACGUGCUCUCCAGUAUCCUCCGGAACCGGAUUUUUCAUGAUCUUAGUGCCUGUCAAGAGGGUGAUAGAUGCUGCGAUUCGUCCAAGAAUUAACAAAGCUCUUACCGGUGUUGAGACUAAAGGUGUCAAAUUCAGUAUCAACCCAUUCUGUGACAUUGCAUUGGAAGAGUCCCUUCGUAUCAGAGAAGCCAACAAAGGACUUGUUGAUUCGAUCCAUGCUGUUUCCAUAGGUCCCACCAAAUCCCAAGAUGUUUUGAGAACUGCUCUUGCCAAGGGUGCGGACAGCAGUACUCUUGUGGAUGUUGGGGACCAAGAAGUUGAACCAUUGAACGUUGCAAAAUUAUUGAAACAGGUGGUAGAGAAGCAGGAGUCAAACUUGGUCAUUCUUGGAAAGCAAGCUAUUGAUGACGACUCCAACCAAACUGGCCAAAUGUUGGCCGGUUUGUUAAAUUGGCCACAAGCAACUAACGCAUCCAAGGUUGAAAUUGACGGCGACACCGUUACCGUGACCAGAGAAAUCGAUGGAGGUGCCGAUACUUUACGUGCCAAAUUACCAAUGAUCAUCACCACAGACUUGCGUCUCAACGAACCAAGAUAUGCCUCGUUGCCAAACGUGAUGAAGGCAAAAAAGAAGCCUUUGGAAAAGUUGAAAGCGGCUGAUUUGGGGAUUGAGAUUGCAUCGAGAUUGGAAACCAUCCAAGUGGUCGAGCCACCUGCAAGAGACGCUGGUAUCAAGGUCGAGAGUGUCGAUGAAUUGAUCAGCAAAUUGAAGGAAGCCAAGGCUCUUUAA